CUCCCGGGUAAGGCGCGGUGCAUUAUGGGACUCUGCGCUGGAAUCAUGGAGGCUGUGAAUGUGUGUUAGCUGAAGCGCUGAAGGAGAAAAAUCAACACAAUAUCCACAAUACUGCAGAAUUUUUAUAUUAAAGGAUGUUCCUGACCCAGGCUCUGCUGCGGAAGGGGAUUCCGGGCCGGCAGUGGAUCGGGAAAUGGCGCCGGCCACGGCCCGUCAGCUGGCAGAUGAAGAGGAACACGGUGGAGCGUCUGGAGCGCGAGGCUGAGAACGAGUACUGGCUGAGCCGACCAUACAUGAGUGUGGAGCAGGAGAGAGGCCACGCCCACGCCCGCCGCAGGCAAAUCUGGGAAAACAUCUGCCACGCCCGCCAGGGCACGUUCUGCCAACACAAGUCCAUAACGGACCACUUACAGCACCUCAACAUCACCCGCACCUGGAACUGACACACACACACACACACACACACACACUUUUUCCUAAUAAAGUAUUGUUUCACUGUAA